AUGGCGCCGCCGGGCGCCCCGGCCGUGCCGGGCCCUCUGGCCCUGCUGGACCCCACAGGGCAGUUUGCAAAAAGGAAGAAGACUUCACUUUGGUUCACAGUCUCUCUGCUGGUGGUGUCUAUUUUCAUACUGACCGUAGGGCUGGCAGCUACAACGAGAACAGAAAAUGUUACCGUGGGAGGCUACUACCCAGGCAUCAUUCUUGGCUUUGGAUCUUUCCUAGGGAUUGUUGGCAUCCACCUGGUAGAGAACAGAAGACAAAUGUUGGUAGCCUCCAUUGUAUUUAUCAGCUUUGGCGUGGUAGCAGCAUUCUGUUGUGCAAUAGUUGAUGGAGUGUUUGCAGCACGACACAUAGAACCCAGACCUUUGUAUAACAGAAGGUGCCAGUUUUAUUCAAGCGGAGUAGGAUUCCUGUAUGAUGCCUACCAGACAGAGGUGACGUGUUAUACCUUAAACAACAAGUGCCAGCUGAAAGUAAAGAGUAACACAUGCUAUUGCUGUGACCUCUACAACUGUGAGAACUCAGAGCAGUCCUCCAGCUACUACGAAUUUCUCGGUGUGAGCAGCUGCCAGGACGUGAUUCACCUGUACAGGCUGCUGUGGUCCUCCACAGUCCUGAACAUCAUCGGGUUGUUCCUGGGGAUCAUCACGGCAGCCAUUCUCGGGGCCUUUAAAGACAUGGUACCUAUGUCCCAAAUUGCUUUCAGUGCUGCACCUCCUCCUCAGAUCCUGUACAAUCCUGCCCAGCAGAUCCUGACGUAUGCUGGGUUUUGUCCUUCUGCUGCAACUAUUUCUACGUAUCCAUCCUAUCCGUUGCCUCUUCAGCCUGCCAGCAAUUUUCCAGGAACAUCAUCUACUGACAUUUCUUUAUCAGAAGAAACUCAGCCUCCUUCUCAGUCCAGCUCCAACUACGGCCUUCCCCCCAAUGCUCCACCCCUCUAUGCACCGACUUACUUUUUGCCUGGAGAAAAGCCUCCACCGUACGCACCGUAG